CAUCGACAUCGCCCCAACCAUCCUCCAUCUUCGCUCCCUACCACAACCAUCUCCUCCAGACUUUCCUCAAUUCUGUCCGCAAUGUCUGCGCCUGUGUACGUGAAGGGUCUACAGCAGCACGUCCAUGCGCUCUACUAACAGUUUGGCACAGCGGUGACAUCGGCCUCAUUGGCUUGGCCGUCAUGGGUCAAAACUUGAUCCUUAACAUGAACGACAAGGGCUUCACGGUCGUUGCCUACAACCGGACGACCAGCAAAGUCGACAGCUUCCUUGCGAACGAGGCCAAGGGCACGAAAGUCCAGGGCGCGCACUCGAUUCAAGAGCUCUGCGCUAAGCUGAAGACCCCCCGCAAGAUCGUCCUCCUCGUGAAGGCUGGUCCGGCUGUCGAUUCAUUCAUCGACCAGCUGAUUCCUUACCUCGAAGCGGGUGAUAUCAUCAUUGACGGUGGUAACUCUCAUUACCCUGAUUCCAUCCGCCGCACGGCGGAGCUCGAGUCGAAGGGCUUCUUGUUCGUCGGCUCGGGUGUCUCGGGUGGUGAGGAGGGUGCCCGCUAUGGUCCCUCGCUCAUGCCUGGUGGCUCGCCCGCUGCAUGGCCGCAUAUCAAGCCCAUCUUCCAGGCUGCCGCUGCUCAGGUCGAGGGCGAGCCGUGCUGCGACUGGGUCGGUGAGACCGGCGCAGGUCACUACGUGAAGAUGGUCCACAACGGUAUCGAGUACGGUGACAUGCAGCUUAUCGCCGAGGCGUACGACAUUCUCAAGCGUGGUCUUGGUCUCCCUGAGAGUGAGAUCGCGGAUAUCUUCCUCACGUGGAACAAGGGUGUCCUCGACUCCUUCCUCAUUGAUAUCACUGCCAACAUCCUCAAGUUCAAUGAUGACGAUGGCCAGCCCAUGGUCACCAAGAUCCUUGACGCUGCAGGUCAGAAGGGUACCGGAAAGUGGACAGCUAUCGCUGCGCUCGAUGCCGGCAUGCCUGUGACGCUCAUCGGUGAGGCCGUAUUCGCGCGUUGCUUGUCCUCCAUCAAGGCAGAGCGUGUCCGCGCAAGCAAGGUCAUCAGCGGCCCACAGAAGGAGGAGUUCAAGGGCGACAAGAAGCAGUUCAUCGACGACCUUGAGCAGGCCUUGUAUGCGUCCAAGAUCAUCUCGUACGCUCAGGGCUUCAUGCUCAUGCGCGAGACUGCCAAGGAGCAAAAAUGGAACCUCAACUACGCUGGCAUUGCGCGCAUGUGGCGUGGUGGCUGUAUCAUCAAGUCCGUCUUCCUUGGUGACAUCACGUCUGCAUACACGAAGACCUCCGAUCUCGAGUCGCUACUCUUCGAUGACUUCUUCAACAAGGCCGUCCACAAGGCGCAGCCCGGCUGGCGGCGCAUCAUCGCUCAGGCCGUCCUCUGGGGUAUCCCUACGCCUGCAUUCAGCACGGCGUUGGCGUUCUUCGACGGCUACAGGAGCGAGGUCGUCCCUGCGAACAUCCUCCAGGCACAGCGUGACUACUUCGGUGCGCACACCUUCCGCGUUGUGCCCGGCAAGGAGAACGCGAAGCUCAAGGCCGGCGAGGACAUCCACAUCAACUGGACCGGUCGUGGAGGCAACGUCUCUGCGAGCACGUACAGCGCCUAAGCGUUGUCUGCUUCCUUGUGCACAUCCUGAGGGGGCGACGUAUAGAAGAAAUGAUAGCAGUUGUAGACUCAUGUGUACUUUUCUCGGGCAGUGGAUGCGUGACAUGUCCAAUCGAGUCGACAUCGUGGAAGGAGUACGAUACGUGUUGUAUCGCUAGAACGCAAUAGUAAAUGAAGGCAUCUCAUUCGCAUUCGUAUGUUCGCAUAGCUGUCAGUGUAAGCGUGAACAUCGGUGGGCCUGUAUGCGCCAGUGUAUGCCGUGCGGUUGGA